GCCCUAUGGAAUACUUCGCUGUAACCCAUACCAACUGGUUUGCUGUGUACGUUUUCAAUAACGUGGAAGUAUGGCACCAAAAAACAAAAGGGGUGCGUCCUCGAAGAAGAACAAAAAUGAGCCUCUGUACACUCCCAAAGUUGUUAAGAAUGAAGGGAAGAAGGAUGUUUCAGACAUUGUUCUUGUUCUCGGACUUACAGUGAUCUCUUUUUUCAUUCGUUUCUAUCGAUUUUUGAAUCCUACCAAGGUUGUUUUCGAGGAAUUAAACUUUGUUCGACUUGCUCUUGGCUAUGCCAAGAAGUCUUUUGUUAUGGAUGUGUAUCCUCCACUUGCUAAGAUUAUUUUUGGUCUGGUUGCUGCGUUUACCGGAUUUAAUGGCAGCUUAGAAUCAUUGGAGGCUACUGGUGCUGAGUACGGCGACAACAUUCCUAUUGGUUCCAUGCGCUUGUGCUCUGUUGUGUUUGGAUCUUUGCUCGUUCCCCUUGCUUACUUUACUGUUCGAAACACAACGAAAUCGAAGGCCGCUUCCCUUCUUGCUGCCUCGUUUGUUGCCUAUGACAAUGGUCUCAUUAGCAUGAGUCGUUAUGUUAUGAUUGAAAUGCCCGCCCUGUUUUUCAUUGCAGCUACUACUUUCGCUUGGACUGCAUUUGAGCACUGCAAGUCUCGCCCAUUGGGCCUUCAAUGGAAUAUCCGCUUGCUUUCUGUCGGUGUUUUGCUUGGUCUCGCUGUCAGUACCAAGCUGUCCGGCGUGUUCACAAUGGUCUGGCUGUUGUGCCUUGCCCUUUUCCAUCUGUGGGGUCUGCUCGGUGACAUCAAUACCACCACCUGUCAAAUUAUUCGUUACGCUGUACAUUAUGCUUUCGGUUUAAUUGUUACUCCCCUGCUCAUUUACCUUGCUGUUUUCGCGGUUCACUUUAAGAUUUUGACUCGUAGUGGUCCCGGUCAACAGGUCGUGAGCCAAGAGCUCAAGUACUCUUUGGACGGUAAUGACUUUGAAGAGCAAAUCGCCGAGGUUGCCUACGGCAGCAUUGUUUCCAUUCGCAAUCUCAACCAUGAGCGUGGAUAUCUCCAUUCUCACCGUCUCGACUACCCUGCUGGAAGCAAGCAACAACAAAUUACCCUUGUACCCGAACAAGACUACAACACUCUUUGGGUUAUCGAGCGAGAGACGCCCCUCGAAAACGAUACCGGUGUUCCUGAGCUGCUUAAGGAUCGUAGCGUCGUUCGUCUUCGUCACCUUGCUACCGGCAGAUGCUUGCAUUCUCACGAACACAAGCCCUCCGUUAGCGAUGUGGACUGGCAAAAGGAAGCCAGUGCCUAUGGAUUCCCCGGUUUCGCUGGUGACAACAAUGAUCUUUUCCGCAUUGAGAUCAUUCCCGAGAAGUCCAACAACAAAUCUACCGAUGUCGUUGAGGCAUUGAACACUCGUUUCCAACUCGUACACGUCUGGAGUGGCUGCCAAUUGUUCUCUACCCGUUAUCACUUGCCCAAGUGGGGUGAAAACCAACGCGAGGUUACUUGUUGUACUUACUGCAACAAACGUAAUACGGUUUGGUACGUUGAGAAAAAUAUUGAUGAUAAGCGUGCGCCUACUGCGCGCAAGAUUGGUUUCAACAAGCCUAAUUUCUGGCAAAAGUUUGUCGAAGUGAACAAGCUUAUGUGGGGCAAGGAUCGCGAAUUGGGUGAUGGUCAUCCUUUCGAGAGCCAUGCCUUGAGUUGGCCCUUUUUGAUGCGACCCCUUCGCUUUUUGGUUGACGAGCAUACCCAAGUUUACUUCAUGGGUAACCCUGUUGUUUGGUAUGCCGUCAUCACUUUUGUGCUUUUCUUUGCUGUCGUCCAAGUUUUGCUUUUGCUCAACUACCAGCUCGGUUAUCAAGAAUUGCCACGCAUCGCUUUCUUCUACGAGUGGAACAUGGGUAAGUUUGUUCUGGGUUGGUUGAUUCAUCUUUUCCCUUACAUUCUCGAAAACGACCGCGUUUUCAUCUAUCAUUACUUGCCAUCCCUCUACUUUGGUAUCAUUGCCUUGGCAAACGGCUGGUCGUUUGUCGAAACUGAAGUUGUUAAGAGACGUUCUCUUAUGUACGCACUUACCAUUGGAUUGAUCUUGAGCGCAAUUACUGUCUAUCGUUUGUAUGCCCCCUUUACCUACAUGCAACCCAUAAACAAGCAGACUUGUGGUAAGCUUGAACUUGCUGGUACAUGGGACUUCAACUGCAACACAUACCUGGAUGAGCCCGGUAUGUACCAAUCCGAUGCCAUUCAUGACACGCCCGCCAACUAUGCCAAGGCCGCUCCUAUGGCCUUCCACUUUGACACUCUUAAAAACGCGAACCUUGAUGACCCUGCUCGCUAUAACUUCAAAUUCGAUAUCUUUUUCGAAAAUGAGGAAGAUCCAGUCGCCAAGGCUCAACAACAGCAGGAGGAGCUUCUGAAGGCUCUGUAAACAAUGCGUAACAGGAACUAGCAUGAAACUACUAGAACGACAAUCAUCCUGCUUUCAUUCUUUUUGGCACGAAUUUCGCACCUUUUGAACUCUCGUCCAUUUUCUUCCCAGCAAAAUCUAAUACACGCUGCCUACAUCAAUUCAUGAAGCUAGCGAUUGAAUACUAGCUGAUUUCUUAUGCGACGUGAUUUGAUUGGAUUCACACGUGUCUAAUUUAUUACGCUCUCAGUCCCUUUCGCGCAGGGUUGGCUAGCAUUACAACGAUGGCUUUUCCAGCCCUGAAAAGUGCUGAGAUAGAGAGUGUGUGUAUGCGUGUGUAGUAUAACGACUUACAUACAACUCUGUAACUAGUUCACUGUGUCCUAAUCAUUUGUAACAGACGUUAAUAUUAUGAUAUAUGCCUCCAGUGUGAACUGCUUAAAUAGCGUGAGACACUAAAAGCUGCCAAUGG